UUGGGUGUAUGGCGAGAGGCGGAGUUUACAGGGUUACUGGGGUUUUCCCUCACCUCUUCAACUCCUUUCUGUCUUUUUUUUUGUGACUCUCCAAGAUGGAAAAAUACGCCAGCUCCUCCAGGUAUGGCCUACUGCCCUACAACUUUGGAACACGUGGCCAAUUGUGCUACCCAUUUGCCGUGGAUUCCUGUUAGUAUGUUUGGCCUGCAACGGCUCUACUCCAAAUCAACCAAUCACAUCGAAUUAUCUUCGGCAAUCAUAUACGGCAUGGCGGUCGUAUGCCUUUUUCUCACUUCCUCUGCUUUCCAUGUGUGCUCGUUUCUGUCACACAACAGCCGAAUUCGUGUGAUUUUACACAAAUGCGAUCGUGUUGUGAUAUACAUUUUCAUCGCUGCUUCCUAUACUCCG